UGGCUAGAAUGGUUUUGCGACAACAGGAACUUCGUUAUCUCCAGUCACUACUUCUGCACUAGAAUCAUAUAGGAAAUGACCACCAGGACCUACUGGCUCAGACCCCAUCUAAUACCAGUGUAUAAAUAACGACAGUUAGCUCUGUUUCUAAGGCAGAGAGCACCCAUCUGGGAAUGGCCAUGGAAACCCAUUUGCGUGUUGUGUUUUUCUUGGUAAAUGUGGUUGUGCUGGGUGUUUCUGGCGCAGGAGGAGAAACAGCUGUUGGAGACCCGGGAAUGAGAAGGGAUGGUUUGAGAGUGGCCUUCGAAGCUUGGAAUUUCUGCAAUGAAGUUGGCCAAGAAGCUCCUGGCAUGGGUAGCCCCAGAGCAGCUGAUUGCUUUGACCUCUCAAGUAAGAACAAGCACCGUAGAAGGAAACACACAGUAUUGAAGAGUUCUUUUCUGAAACACAAGGUAAGUGAAGCUGACAACAAACUCGGGGUUGGACAGCCUUUCCCAGGUUUGCACCCAGGAGCCAUAAACAAUACCGACCUUUAUGCAAUGCAGAAGGAGCUAUACCUGGGUUCAUUAUGUCAAGUUGAGGAUACCCCGAAUCCAUGGCAGUUUUGGAUGGUCAUGCUUAAAAAUGGAAACUAUGACACAACUUCCGGUUUGUGUCCAAGGAAUGGGAAAAAGGCCCCUCCUUUUAGUCCAGGAAGGUUUCCUUGUUUUGGAAAGGGUUGUAUGAAUCAACCCAUGUUAUAUCAUCAGCAGACUAAGCUUUCGGAUGGUGGUAUAAUGAGAGGAAGUUUCAAUGGGACAUAUGAUUUGGGUUCUGACAUUGGAAGUGGACUUGAUGGAAUCUCUUUUUAUGAAGUGGUUUGGGAAAAAAAAGUUAGUCAUGGAAGCUGGGUUUUUAGCCAAAAGCUCAAGACUUCAAAGAAGUACCCAUGGCUGAUGCUGUACCUCAGAGCUGAUGCAACUACAGGAUUUUCUGGAGGGUAUCACUAUGACACAAGAGGAAUGCUCAAAAUUCUUCCAGAGUCACCUAAUUUCAAGGUCAGAAUGACUUUGGAUGUGAAACAAGGCGGAGGACCCAAGAGCCAGUUCUAUUUGAUAGAUAUCGGGAGCUGUUGGAAGAACAAUGGUGCUCCAUGCGAUGGAGAUGUGCUUACCGACAUAACCAGAUACAGUGAGAUGAUUAUCAAUCCUGAAACUCCAGCUUGGUGCAGUCCCACAAAUCUAGGAAACUGCCCACCGUACCACAUUACUCCAAACAACACAAAAAUUUACAGAAAUGAUACAGCUAACUUCCCGUAUGGGGCGUAUCACUACUACUGUGCUCCUGGGAAUGCUCAAUUUUUAGAGAAACCUGUCAGCACUUGUGAUCCCUACAGCAAUCCUCAGGCACAAGAGCUAGUUCAGUUACUGCCUCAUCCUAUAUGGGCUGACUAUGGCUAUCCAACAAAACAAGGGGAUGGUUGGGUUGGGGAUGCCAGAACUUGGGAGCUUGAUGUGGGUGGGCUUGCAAGUAGACUUUACUUCUAUCAGGAUCCCGGUACCCCUCCUGCUAGAAGAAUAUGGAGAUCCAUCGACAUGGGUACUGAGAUUUUUGUUAGCGACAAAGAUGAAGUAGCGGAGUGGACUGUUAGUGAUUUUGAUGUUACUUUCACAUAAUUUAGUGUUCAAAAUUCUUUUUUCUUUCAGAAAAAUCCCUUUCGAGAUUAAGAGGGGAAAGGGGUAAAGGCAUCAUCUGCUACAGUGAUAAUUUAGAAAGCUGGGAUUGGGGUAGCCAAAAAAACCCGCAAGGGCCAGGCAUUCUUGUGCUGUGAGGCACAUCAGCGCAUCCAAUUGUAUCCCGAAACAUCAAUUAAUGUGAAAGAUAUAUGAACUGUGUCAAUUUUACUGCAUC